AUGGAAGGGAAGGGUUUUCUUGUUUUAAUGGUGAUUUAUGUUAUGGUGGUGGGGUGUGUAGAGGGUAAGAAAUUAAGAGGAAAUGCAGGGGAAGAGGAAAAACCAGAAUGGUUUGUUGACGGUAAUGGUGACAGCAGUGGAGAGAGCGGACUAAAUAUUGAACAUUCAUUUACUCGGGGAAAAGAGCCAGAUGGUCUUGUUGGAAAACCUGAUUGCAUUGGUAAAGGUGGUGGUGUAGGCGGGGGAGUUGGGGGAGGCAGUGGAGGUGGCCAUAAUGAUGGUGGAAAGCACCAUAAGAAAGGGACAAAGCAUCAUCAUGCAGGAGGAGCAAUUGGAGGUGGUGGUGUAACUGGAAAAGGAAAAGGUGGAGGAGCAAGAAUUGGGAAGGGAACUAGGAAAGGAGGUGGACAUGAUCCGGGAAAUACUAUAGGGGGAGGUGGUGGUAAUGGUGGAGGCAUAAGAGGGGGGGUUGGUAAACCAAUUGGUGGUGGAGGAGGUGGCGGUGGUGGAGGAAUAGGCAAAGGAAUUGGUGGUGGUGUGGGUGGUGGGAUAGGAGGUGGCACUGGUGGAGGAAUAGGUGGAGGGAUCGGAGGUGGCACUGGAGGAAUAGGUAAAGGAAUUGGUGGAGGCGUGGGUGGAGGAAUUGGUGGUGGUGGAGGUGGAGGGUUCGGAGGUGGCACUGGUGGAGGAAUAGGUGGAGGUGGAGGUGGCGGUGGAGGAAUUGGUGGAGGCGUGGGUGGAGUUGGUGGUGGUGUAGGUGGAGGAAUUGGAGGUGGCACUGGAGGAAUAGGCAAAGGAAUUGGUGGUGGUGGGAUAGGAGGUGGCAUUGGUGGAGGAAUAGGUGGUGGUGGGGGUGGAGGAGUAAUUGGUGGUGGUGGUGGUGGUGGAGGUGGAGGAAUAGGAGGUGGUGCUGGUGGAAGAAUAGGUAAAGGAACUGGUGGUGGUUUGGGUGGAGGAUUUGGUGGAGAUGUAGGAGGCAGUGCUGGUGGUGGAAUAGGUGGGGGUGGAGGAGUUGGUGUAGUUCGCUGGAGAGGAGUGGGUGCUGGUGGAGGAAUAGGCAAAAGAAUUGGUGGUGAAGUUGGAGAUGUUGGAGGUAUAGGAGCUGGUAUUGGCAGCGAGGUUGGAGCAGGUAUUGGUGGUGGGGAAAGGCAUGGCUUUGGAGGAGGUGGCAGAUUUGGUGGAGGAGUUGGAGGUGUACUAGGUGGAGAUGCUGGCGGCAGGGGAGGUGUUGGGGAUGGAGAAAACAGAGAUAAAUUGAAGAAACCUUAA